AUGACAUCAGUAUCGAAAGUUUAUACCGAUGUUUUAUCAACUAAACCACAAAGUUUUUGGGAUUAUGAAAAUUUGGUUUUGAAAUGGAACUCCCAAGAUAAAUAUGAAGUCAUCAAGAAAGUCGGAAGAGGGAAGUACUCUGAAGUCUUUUUGGGUGUUGAUUUGACUAGUGGAAGCAAGACCGUCAUCAAAAUCUUAAAACCUGUCAAACGUAAGAAGAUCAAGAGAGAAAUAUCCAUCUUGCAGAACUUGGUAGGAGGUCCUAAUAUCAUUCAAUUAUUAGAUAUCGUUAGAGAGCCGGCACUGAAAACUCCAGCAUUGGUUUUCGAACAUGUGGAUAAUAUUGAUUUCAGAACCUUGUACCCUACCUUCACAGAUUUAGAUAUCAGGUAUUAUAUGUUUGAAUUAUUAAAAGCCUUGGACUAUUGUCAUUCUAUGGGUAUCAUGCAUAGAGAUGUUAAGCCUCAUAAUGUUAUGAUAGAUAAUAACCAAAGAACUCUUCGAUUAAUCGAUUGGGGUUUGGCUGAAUAUUAUCACCCUAAAACUGAAUAUAAUGUAAGAGUAGCAUCAAGAUACUUCAAAGGUCCUGAGUUAUUGGUUGACUUCAGAUUUUAUGAUUACUCCUUAGAUUUAUGGUCCUAUGGUUGUAUGUUCGCUUCUAUGGUUUUCAAAAAAGAGCCAUUCUUCCAUGGUAAAUCUAACACAGAUCAAUUGGUACAAAUUGUUAGGGUUUUGGGAUCAGACGAUUUAAACAAGUACUUAAACAAGUAUAAAUUAACUUUAUCAGAAGAAUACGAAGAUUUAGGAUACUACAGUAGAAGACCUUGGAAAAGAUUCAUAAAUUCAAGCAAUCAACAUUUGGUUUCAGAAGAAUUCUUAGACUUACUCGAUAAAUUAUUAAGAUACGAUCACCAAGAAAGAUUAACAGCAAAAGAAGCAAUGGAUCAUCCAUACUUUGAUCCAAUUAGAAAGAACAACUAA